AUGGCCCUCAAGAAAGAAGGAUUUGUCGAACAUACGGAUGAUCAAUGGAGGUUUUCAUGGCAAUACCUAUCACUGGAUGGAGAGAGGAUGCCGCUCAGGCUCUGCAACGCCUCAGCCACCUUCCAGCGAUGCAUAUGCGAGAAUAACUUGGAUCAAGUUCUGGUCCUCUGCAUUGAAACUGAUCUCGUGUUGAACUGGGAGAAGUUCCAUUUAAUGGUAAAUGAAGGAAUUGUUCUUGGCUAUAAGAUCUCGCUCGCCGGUACUGAGGUGGACAAAUUCAAAGUUAGUGUAAUCAAGAAGAUGACAGCGGCCAAGAAUGAGAAAAUUGUGUGA